CCGCCGGGAGCCGCGGGAGCAGCGGAGCCGCAGCCGCCGCCGCGGCCGCAGGUGCUGAACCAUGGCGGUGUGGAUCCAGGCCCAGCAGCUCCAGGGCGAAGCCCUGCGGCAGAUGCAGGCGCUCUAUGGGCAGCACUUCCCCAUCGAGGUGCGGCAUUACCUGUCACAGUGGAUCGAGAGCCAGGCAUGGGACUCCAUCGACCUUGACAACCCCCAGGAGAAUGUGAAAGCGACCCAGCUUCUGGAGGGGCUGAUCCAGGAGCUGCAGAAGAAGGCAGACCACCAAGUGGGUGAGGACGGCUUCCUGCUGAAGAUCAAGCUGGGGCACUACGCCACGCAGCUGCAGAACACGUAUGACCGGUGCCCCAUGGAGCUGGUGCGCUGCAUCCGGCACAUCCUCUACCACGAGCAGCGGCUGGUGCGGGAGGCAAACAAUAGCCCUUCCCCAUCUGGCUCCCUGGUGGAUGCCAUGUCCCAGAAGCACCUGCAGAUCAACCAGACCUUCGAGGAGCUGCGGCUCAUUACUCAGGACUCGGAGAAUGAGCUCAAAAAGCUGCAGCAGACGCAGGAAUACUUCAUCAUCCAGUACCAGGAGAACAUGCGACUCCAAGCCCAGUUCUCCCAGCUCUCCCAGCUGGGCCCCCAGGAGCGCAUGUCACGGGAGACGACGCUGCAGCAGAAGAAGGCGUCGCUGGAGGCCUGGCUGCACCGUGAGGCCCAGACACUACAGCAGUACCGUGUGGACCUGGCUGAGAAGCACCAGAAGACGCUGCAGCUGCUGCGCAAGCAGCAAACAACCAUCCUGGAUGACGAGCUGAUCCAGUGGAAGCGUCGGCAGCAGCUGGCGGGGAAUGGGGGCCCACCCGAAGGCACCUUGGAUGUGCUGCAGACCUGGUGUGAGAAGCUGGCAGAGAUCAUCUGGCAGAACCGGCAGCAGAUCCGCCGAGCUGAGCACCUGUGCCAGCAGCUGCCAAUCCCAGGCCCAGUGGAAGAGAUGCUGUCAGAGCUGAAUGGAACCAUCACUGACAUCAUCUCUGCCCUGGUCACCAGCACCUUCAUCAUCGAGAAGCAGCCCCCCCAAGUGCUGAAGACACAGACCAAGUUUGCAGCCACUGUGAGGCUCCUGGUGGGCGGGAAGCUGAAUGUGCACAUGAACCCCCCCCAAGUGAAGGCCACCAUCAUCAGCGAGCAGCAAGCCAAGGCCCUGCUGAAGAACGAGAGCACCCGCAAUGAGAGCAGCGGGGAGAUCCUCAACAACUGCUGUGUGAUGGAGUAUCACCAGGCCACUGGGACACUCAGCGCCCACUUCCGCAACAUGUCCCUGAAGCGGAUCAAGCGCUCGGAUCGCCGCGGGGCUGAGUCAGUGACAGAGGAGAAAUUCACCAUCCUCUUUGAGUCGCAGUUCAGUGUCGGUGGGAAUGAGCUGGUCUUCCAGGUGAAGACGCUGUCCCUGCCUGUGGUGGUGAUUGUGCAUGGGAGCCAGGACAACAAUGCCACGGCCACCGUGCUUUGGGACAACGCCUUUGCUGAGCCCGGCCGCGUGCCCUUCGCUGUGCCUGACAAGGUGCAGUGGCCACAGCUCUGCGAGGCGCUCAACAUGAAGUUCAAGGCAGAGGUGCAGAGCAGCCGUGGGCUGACCAAGGAGAACCUGGUGUUCCUGGCACAAAAGCUCUUCAACAGCACCAGCUCCCACUUGGAGGACUAUAGCAGCACCACAGUGUCCUGGUCCCAGUUCAACCGGGAAAACCUGCCUGGGAGGAAUUACACCUUCUGGCAGUGGUUUGAUGGGGUCAUGGAGGUGCUGAAGAAGCAUUUGAAGCCGCACUGGAAUGACGGGGCCAUCCUGGGCUUCGUCAACAAGCAGCAGGCGCACGACCUGCUCAUCAACAAGCCCGACGGGACCUUCCUCCUGCGCUUCAGCGACUCGGAGAUCGGUGGCAUCACCAUCGCCUGGAAGUUCGACUCCUCUGAGAGGAUGUUCUGGAACCUGAUGCCUUUCACCACCAGGGACUUCUCCAUCCGCUCCUUGGCUGACCGCCUCGGGGAUCUCAGUUACCUCAACUACGUGUUCCCCGACCGGCCCAAGGACGAGGUGUUCUCCAAGUACUACACGCCGGUUCUCUGUGAGUCCACGCCAGCUAAAGCUGUGGAUGGAUAUGUGAAGCCACAGAUCAAGCAAGUGGUGCCAGAGUUUGUCAAUGCAUCAGGAGAUUCUGGCCCUGGAGGGGCCACCUACAUGGACCAGGCCCCCUCGCCUGCCGUCUGCUCCCAGCCUCAUUACAACAUGUACACCCAGAACCCCGACCCUGUGCUGGACCCCGAGGGUGAUUUUGACCUGGAAGACACGAUGGAUGUGGCGAGGCAUGUGGAGGAGCUGCUGCGGCGCCCUGUGGACAGUCAGUGGAUCCCCCACGCCCAGUCGUGACAGGCACGCGCCUGCUGCCUUGCCCCUGGCCCCGGCGCUGCGGGGACUGUGCUGUGUUCGUGUCUCUGUGCCAGGGGACAGCGGGUGGGCCCUGCCCCCAGGAUUUGCUCUGUGCUGCCCCGAAACACAGGCUGGCGUCCAGCUCUUUGGUGUUAAUGCCCUUGUAUAAACGGCAGCGGAUUUGUCGCAUGGUUUUCCUGUAUGUUCCUUUUAAGAGGCCCAGCUUCGGCUUUCCGCUUCUGCCAGCACUGGCCCUGCAGCCCCUGACCCCCCAGUGGGGCUGCUGGGGGCCCCCAGCCCGGCCUCAGGUUCGCUUUCGCAGUCGUCACUAAGAAUGUACAUGUCGCCUUCUUGUUCUCCCCGCGGCUCCGUGACCAGGGCUGCGUGAGGGCAGAGGGCAGAGGAGGGGUUCUGCCAGGGCUCCCCCGGCCCGUGAUGGUGCUCUGCUCCACAGUGGCUGGGUCCCUGCAUCUCAUCCUCUCCUCUGCCCCCAAGGAUGCAGGAGCUCCUCCGGCUGCCGGCCUCGGUGUCCCCUCUGGAGCCGGUGCAGUGUGAGGGUGGCAGGGUGCGAGGGCACCCAGCGAUGGCAGUGGGGUGGGCAGGGGGUUUGGGGGAGCGGAGCCCUCUGCCCGCUGCUUCUGCCCUUGCCUGGGUGGGAAACUCUGGGGUCCUGGCCAUGUUAUUUUUCUAUCACAGAGUAAAUAAAGCACGGAAUAUUUUUGUAACACAAAA